UUUCGUCGACUUAUAAGGAAUCUCAACGUUUCCGCUGCACUGCCUCAGAAGAAAAGGUAAUCAAGCACUGAUCUGAUCAGUGAAAACGCGCCAUUGUAAAAGAUGAGUAAAAUUAUCAAAAAUUUAAUGAGGAAUAACGAUUACCACCGAAUGCGAAGGAAGCAUGUGGGAUUGAAGGAUUCUUGGAGUGCGUGGACAAUCUCGGAAAAAGAGAAGACUGCGCGUUUGAUUAGGAGGAAAGUGACUAGUUCAGAGCAGUCAACGGUGUGCUCUCGGCGUGGUCAGGUGGACGCUCCGGUUUCCUUCAACUGCCUGGCGUAGAUCCUGCAACCUGACGCAUCUGUUUUCCUGCAGAUACGAGAUAAAAACCCUUUGGCGGUCUGGAGAGUCGAAUUUCCGGAAUCCAUAUCAACGCACAUCGAAGCAGGGUCCGGUGGAACUUGACACCUUGUGAACAUUAAAAGAUACUGCUCACUGUCAUCAUCUCAAAACACUCUGCUCAUCUGAGGAUAAAAUAUCAUUAUCUUUGAAACAUUUAGGCAAGUUAUAGGGAAAUAUUUACUACUGAACUGAGCCAUAAGCCUGUCUUCAUACCAUGCUGGAUGACGGUCGUGCAGAUUGGAACACAACUUUCAGUUGUGCAGAUGAGUCUUAUUAUAUAUAUUUUUUGUAUCCAUUAUUAUUAUUAUUGAAUAUUAUCACCAUCAUUUUUGCACUCUGGACCUUCAGACUCUUACGGAAAUCGACGAAAAUCGUCGAUCGUCUUGCACUCGCCCAGAGCUUGGUGGUUCCUCUUCUUCUAACUGUUCGUAUCAUUGAUAGGGAUAUAUUGAACCAUACAGUUCCAUCCAAUAAAUUCAUUUGCUACAUCAGAACUUUCAUUCCAGUCUCGACAUUGCUAUUCAUUUUACACACCAAUACUGCUAUGGCGUUUAUUAGAUACCUAUACACUGUGUUUCCUUUACACAUGCGAGGGCGCAGUCAUACUGUCCUUCUGCGAGCUACCUUGGUUGGGAUUACUAUUGUCACUGCUGCCAAGGCUAUGGAACACCUCAUCGUGCCAGGAAGGCACUUGUUUAAUUGUUUGAAAAUGCCCGCCAAAGGUCCUUCAUGGAGGAUUAACACAGUAAUGCCUUGCUUAGUUGCAGGCUUCUACUUUUAUUGUCACAUUCUGCAUAUCUUACGCAAGAGGAAUUUCCAGAGUGACCAGCAAACCAAGUCCCUGGUAUCAGUCUUAGCCAACUUCUUUGUCUUUGUUGUUAUUAUGGCCACGGUUUUUGUUAGCUCGGUUUUUUUAGCACUUGAAAAGUGUUCUGAGAUUACCAACUUGAACAAAUAUAAAAUUGUCGUCAGUUCAUCGCAGACCAUCAUCACACUUGGGUAUAUUCUGUUGUCUUCCGAAAUAAGGCAACGUGCUUGGAUUGACCUGCGUCUAACAUCCUGUAUUUUCUGUCGUUGGCUCAGACGGCGAGUGGAGGACCGAUCCCGAAGGAGAGAAACCUCUCCAGAGAUUCCUAAUCCAUGUAGAAGUUCAAACUUCUUGAAGACAGAUAGUCAUACUUCGCCCAGGGGUGAAACCAUUGCUGUGAUGGGAAUUCCUAGUGCGACCUCUAGCACAGAAGCCGUAGCCCAGACGAACAGCGAGAUAUCCAAAAAUGAGAUAGAUAAAACAUGUGUAGAUGAGUCAAUGCAUGUACGCGAGAAACAAAACAUUGUUGAAGGAGUGACAGGAAAUGAAGGAAACCCUUUCGAUGCUAUAGAGUAUAGUGAAGCAAAGGCAUUUACUAGAAAUGUGUCGAUUAUCACGACAAAAGCAUUGGUUUUUCAAGUUCUUCCUGAUGGAACAGGAGACUUUGGCACCACAAGAAACGCAUUCUCUGUUCAUUCUACCAUGCCUCCAAUAGAGUAGAUAAGUAUAAAUAUUUAUGCAAGGUAUGUAUAUGUUGCACCCUUUCCAUAUACUUUACUGUCUAAAAAAAUAAAAUGUUCUUUUUGUCCUAUUUUCCUAUACUGACUGCUGUUUAUGGUAUGGAACUCGUUAUCACAAGUAAAUGAGUGGAAUGCUUGUUUUGUAUUGGGUAGAUAUAACAACAUCGAGUAAAUUAUCCAACUAUAUAUGUAUCUACAUCUGAAAUCUCACAACAUCGAGUAGAUCAUCCAUUUAUGUAUCUACAUCUGAAAUCUCACAGCGCUCCAUCUUUGAACAAACCCGAGGUUAUUUUAAGCUCUGUCCCUUUAUCCCUUGUUAAUCUGCGUGAUACAUUAUGGUGUGUUUCUUCAGUGUAUAUUUGAAUAUGGCGAAUGAUAAUGGGAAAGGAAACCAGGAAAAUAAAAAUCACAAAUAGUCAUAGCUUACCUCAUCGGUUGCCAACUAGACAAUAGAGUGAAUAUCGCCACUUCCUGAAAAGAACGAAAUUAAUUUUUAAUUUCAUAGAUUUAUUAUUUUACAUAAAGGCGAUUACUUUUGUUAGCACUUAAUAUGUAAUUAUCACGUAUGUUCAAUAAAC